AUGAAGAUUGAAGAGAUACCAACAACUGCUGCGGAAAUUGGCCUUGAAGGAAUCCUCAAGAGUUUGAAAAAUAUCCCACAGUCCCCGGAAAAGUACCAACAUGAUCUUAGAGCUCUAGAGGACUCGUCAUAUUGGAAUUUGGAUGUUGUGCGAGCAAUAGCUUUACACGCAAAUCCAAACUUAGCUUGGUGUUCAGAGGCCAAUGCACUGAUAGUCGAAGCCAUUGUACAAACCAAGGACAUUGAUCAGUAUCUUUAUCCAUUCAUUCAGGACGACUUUUGUCCGCGGUUGAAAAAUAUUGAAAAAGUGGCACAUUGGGGCCGAGGCAAACAACUGGCUUUGAAACCUCGACCCUCUUUCCAAGAUCAGAAAUUUGAUGCAUCUACACUAGCGCAGGCAUGGUUUUUGAUAGACGUCACAAACAAUCAAGAUAAGGAGAUAUGCAAGUUGACUCUCUUGCUAAUCAUUGACACCUUACAGUUCGAUAUCCCGGCUAAGAUCCAAGCAUGCAAAUUGCUAGAGCACUUGCAAAUACAAGACACACCUUCUAUAAGGAACUUGAUUGAACCGUUGCAACAAAACUUGGCAAAAUGUUUGAACCACAUACCCAGCAUAACACCAGAGACUGACUCGUUUCUGUUACUAUCUGUGGCAUAUCCAUGUAUCUACAGACUCGAUAGCGAAUUUGGCACUGAUUUGAACUUCAUUGAAACUAUUGCCACGAUUCUAUCCUCCAUAAGUCAUGUGGUUAGCUACCCAAAGCUAGCGUCCUUUCUACUAGACCAAUUAAGCGUGUGUAUUAGUCACAUUGGAAUCACCGUGCUAGUAAGUAUAACUAAAAUCUUUUACACUUUGAAUCAAAUCAUUACGAAUGUCGGUAUCUUGGAGCAACUGCCGUCAAUUAUCCAGCAUGCAUUAGAAGUGGAGAAUGCUAUUAUACAACUCGAGUCGCCUUUGGUUUACACUUUUAUCUACGAUCUAAUGGGGGCAUAUUAUAUACUACGAAAGAGAGUUGAAACAUACAACAUCAAAGGCUUGUCUGAGGACAUCCAAAGAAAUAUGUCCUCAUUGAAGCAAUUAUCUAUUUUCUGUGAUAAAUUGUCUGAAUUUGAAGAUAUACAGGACUCUAUAAACAAGAUUAAUUAG